AUGACUCAAAUUGACCAGAUAUGUCCUACCUCCACCACCUCAGGAGUAACCCCUAGAGAGACCUCCCUUCAGGGCAAGAGAGGAGUCACUCUUAAAAGAAGCCACAGUCCACCAAAGAACCACAGGAGGGAUGAGAUGGAUUGUCUGAGAAGGUCUAUACCACAAACCAUUUUCAUUCGGCUUGAGGAAAUGACAUCAUACUUGAAACUUUUCGAUGAUCAUCUUAUCCACAAUUUUUUGUUGAUGGACCCAUGCUGUAAAAUGACAGACAAGUAUCUCCUGGCCAUGGUUUUUGUGUACUUCAAAAGGUCACAUUUGACCAUUGCUGAAUACACCAAGAAGAACUUUUUCAUUGCGCUGCAUCUUGCCAACACGAUGGAGGAAGAGGAACAGGAAAGUAAAUGUGAGAUUUUUCCUUGGGCGCUGGGUAAAACCUGGAGGAAGAAGUUUCAACAAUUUCUCAAACAGAGAGACCAGCUUUGGGCGCGCAUUGACUUCAGAGCUGCUGUAAGCAGGCGUUGUUGUGAAGAGGUGAUGGCCAUCAUGCCAACUCAUUUUGUGUGGAAACGAGAGCGCUCAGAGCAACACAGUGGUGCUCACAGGCAUUAUGAGGAAAGAAACAGAGUCCGUCUUCCCCGCGGUCCUACAGCCUCUCCAGUCGCUUGCGCUCACUGUAACAGAAAGAGCACAUUCAAUCACCAGUUGGUGCUCUCUUCUGUACCCGGAAGUUUCUCUGUGCAAAGCUACAACUCUACACUCCCUGUAAUUACUCAGUUCAAUUUGAAGAAAAUCCCACCUGGGGCCACUAAAGCACACGGGCGACGGAUCUGA